UGGUUGGAUGGCAGCCCAGUAACUUACACUGCAUGGGAACAAAAUGAACCCAACUUUGCUAACAAUGAUGAAAAUUGUGUGACUAUAUACAAGAGCAUGGGAUACUGGAAUGAUAUUAAUUGUGGUAUUGAGCUUCCCUCUAUUUGCAAAAGAAGCAGUAAUUUUAUCAAUACAACAAUGGCCCCUACCACUGUUCCUAAAGGAGGAUGUGCACCAGAGUGGCUGUCUUUCCAAGGAAAGUGCUACAAAAUUGUUGUGGGGCAUGAGAAUAAGAACUGGCAGGAUGCUAGAACUUACUGCAUAAACCAGGGAGGAAAUCUGGUUUCUAUUGCCAGCGAGACAGAGCAAGCAUUCCUAACACAGAUGUUGGGAUACAGUGAGGAUCUUUGGAUCGGCAUGAAUGACGUCAACUGGGAGAUGCACUUUGUGUGGACAGAUGGCAAAGGAAUUUCUUACACCAACUGGGCUAAAGGACACCCAGUAUCAGUGCCUGAUAGACAUUCAUUUGCUGAUGAGGUUAUUUCAACAUUUAUAUCCAAACCUUGUUCUGUCUCUUUUGCACUGUAA